AAAAAAAAUAAACCAAGAGAGCCACCAAAAGUUCCCAAGUCAGCCCCUUUCUUCAUCCCAACAGUUCCUGGUCUCAUACCCCGAUAUGUUGCUCCAGAGGAAGAAAAUGAUACACAGUCAAAGGUAGUAAACCUUGGAGUACUGGCACAGAAAUCUGAUUUCUACAUUCAUCUUGAAGAAGCACUGAGCACUAAUGAAUAUGCAGCUCCGCUUAACUUACUGAAAAGCUUGGGACCAUCUAAUAUUGAGAUAGAACUGAGGGGUUUGGCCCCUGAAGGUGGUGGCUCGAUGGAGGUGAUGCUGAGCUUUUUGAGAAUGAUUGGGAUGAUGCUGAACAAGAAGUACAACUUUGAACUUGCUCAGGCAUACCUUGCACUAUUUCUAAAGUUGCAUCUUAAGAUUCUCUCAUCAGAGCCAAACCUAUUGGAAGAAGUAUCCAGAUUGUCAACACAACUCGAGGAAACUUGGAUUCAUUUGCAGACUCUCUUCAAUCAGAGUCUGUGUGUGUUAACAUACGUGAAAAGUGCUUUGCUGUAAAAUACUUAAGGGUUUUGUCUGCGCAACAUUCCCCUCAGAAUAACAGUACAAUUUAUUACCAGAAAUACUGGAUUCCAAGAAUUACAGUGGGACUUCUGAACCUGCAUUUUAUACAUCUUUGUAUGCAAAGUGUUUUUAGAACAUGCAUA